UCGGUGCUCGUCCUAAUAGGUGACGAAUUUUAGUGCUGGUAUUUGUGAACGUUUAACAGAAAAAUCGAUCACGUUCGGUGGGAUAUUCCAACCAAAGAACGGAGAUAGCUGAAAAUGUUGCUUUUGAAGGCAGGAUUGCUGUGCUGGGAGCUGGAAAUCAAGAUAACGAAGGGAUAUAAGAGGUUUAUGAAAACCGUCCUAACGUGAUAUGUUUCUCUCGGUGUGUGGAAAUAUUGCUGCACCGACAUAUGAUGCGUUUGACUUACAAGAAUGAAUCAGAGCACAGAAAUGCAGAGGGCACCAGCUGAGACACACAUUUUGGGGGGGAAAAAUCUUUACCAUUUUAGAUUUCGACUCAUUUUUGGCCGCAGUCCUCUGCAGCCGCCGAUGGUGGCUGGUUUUACACAAAUGUUUACAAAUGUUGCUGGUGAAAUAAAUGGGUAAUCCAGUUAAACAGGAGCCUUAUCUUGUUCGCGUCUCUUAAAGCAGUUACCUUCAGUGACGCGGGGUUGUUUUUAAUGGUUGCUUUUAUUUCACUCCCGAAAUGUGCAAACUGUCUUGUGUCUACUCCAGUUGGAGGAUAGUGCAAUCCAGUGGUUUCUGGCUAACACCCUGAAGAUUGAUGAAGGAAACCUUACUGCAGAACUCCACACCUGACCUCAGGGCAGCCAAGUUAUUUUAACUUUGCAACCAACACCCCCCCUCACCACCACCACCACCACCAACCCCCUCCCCGGGUGAUGCGCCAGUUCAUCUUUUUACAAGACCAUAGAAGCAAAGCCGUAGAGAAAACUAACGGAAGAACCAGGCAACCUGAAUGGACGUGAAUGAACCCAACUGGUCAAACGUGGCAAAGCACCCACCGGCGAACGGCAGGAGCUCUCCGGGUGAGCCGCCUUACCUCAAAUUCUCCGGUCGCCUCCACAACGGGGCCGAGGGCAGCUCGGAGUCCGAAGAGCGACUGAGGUCGGGGGGGAGCACGGCCACCAGCCUGGACACGGGCAGAAGCCACCUCCUCCAGGGCAGGUCAGUGGACGCUUACCUCCACUUCGGCCACGGCUCGGAAGAGCUCGCCACCUUCAUCACCGACCUGGAUCAAACCACCAAACUGUUUCUGUCAAGAGGAGUAAAAGGCGAAUUUGUGACUCACCCGUCCAUUGAGAUGUACCAGAGUUUGCCGGUGGCGGCCACCCAGGGACCGGGGUCUUACCCGCACGAUGCUCCCAACAAUUUCAUGCACUCCAGCACAAGUUCUCCCGUCUAUGUUCCCACAACCAGGGUGAGCUCCAUGGUGCCCAGCCUCCCCUACCUCCAAGGCACCGGAUCGAGCCAGCAGGGUCACCACGUUACCAACCACUCGGUGUGGACUCAGCCCGCCUCGGAAAGCUCCACCUUCAGCUCCAGCAACCCUCACCCCAUGGUCUCCAGUCGCUUUUCCUUCUCCGCCAGUCCGCCCAUCGCGAACGGAGCGGCCAGAGAUUCCGGCUACAGUAACAGUCUGAACAUGAACGGCAGAGAUCAGUUCGCUGGCGCUCUGGGCCGUCCUCUGAACGGAUCUUACCCGAGUCCCUACCCUUAUGUUGGGCCACAGCUGACUUCGGCAUGGACUGCGGCGGGAUCUUUCGAAAACUCAAUGCUGCACAACUUGCAGAGCCGACCCACACCUAUACCUGUUCGGGGACCCAAUGGGGAACUGCUGGAUGAAAUGUCUGAGGCACGGGAGUGUGUCAACUGUGGUUCCAUGUCCACUCCCUUGUGGCGGCGCGAUGGUACUGGGCAUUAUCUGUGCAAUGCCUGUGGAUUAUACCAUAAGAUGAAUGGACUCAGUCGACCUCUGAUCAAACCUCAGAAAAGAAUGAGAAGCAAUGAAUUAGCCCAGAUCGAUAUUUUCUAUGAUUUGGCUGUUAAUACACAGUAUCAGUUGUGUUCCCCAGGAGUCUUAUGCCAGUCUUCAUCCAGACGGAUUGGCCUGGCUUGUGCCAACUGUCACACAGCCACGACAACUUUAUGGCGCAGGAAUGCAGAAGGAGAGCCAGUCUGCAAUGCCUGUGGACUUUACAUGAAACUUCAUGGGGUACCACGGCCAUUGGCAAUGAAGAAAGAAGGAAUCCAGACUAGAAAACGAAAGCCUAAGAAUUUAAACAAGUCUAAGAGUCCUUCAAGUACAAGCAAUACAGUGCCAAUGACUCCAAGCUCCUCCUCGACUUCUACAUCUAAUCAAGAGGAGAUGCCCAGAGUGAAAAGCGGCUCACCCUCUGGCCAGACCGCAGUCACAGCGUCAGGGGACUAUCAACCUUUCCAGCAGCCAAUGUGGAAUGAUGAAGAACAGCUCCAUGGCGUCAGAUAACAGCACAUCACUGAACAUAAUUUCUUCCCUAUCUCCAAGGAAAGGCACGUCCUCCAGCAGCCAGCAAAGCUGCCUGUUUACUUUGGAUCCGUUUCAUUUUAUUUAACAUAAAAGCUGUAACGAGUACUUUCAGAACACAAAAUAGCCUCGAGGCCAGGACGGACGCAAAGCAACAGAGCAGAGGCAAUGUUCAGUACUGUAGUUAAGAGUAAUCUGAUGGUACCUAAUUUUUAUCAAUGUAACUGAUGGAAACAAGUCCCACGUUACUAUUCCAGUAUAUUCAUGCGACAAUUUAAAAAGAAAAUAAAUUAUGUUUUGAAAUGACAAUACUGAUGAUGGAGGUCAGUUAAUUGCAAUGUGAAUUCUGGAAGUUCCCAUUGGAGUCAUUGACUAGAUGCUGGUCGGUCAAUGUUUUUGAAACAGGGUAAUAAACGGAUGUAUUCUUCCACAUACUAACAACUUUACUGCAUAAAUACAAGUGCAAUUAGCAUUGCUACAAUCAGUGUUAAAUUAAAAAUGGUUCAAAAUUAAACAACCUACUUUUUGCAAUGAAUGUAAACCUUCUAAGUUAAUGGUACUUAUCUAAUUUAAAGACGAUAGCUAAGCAGGUGUCCACAACAGGACACUUUAUACAUCUUCUGUCUUUUAAGAAUCAUCCGUAUAGUCUUUUGGUAGUUAGAAAAAAAAUAACAUUGUUUUAAGAACAAAUUUCCUCUCAGGUAAAUUCGUUAUUGCAUUAUCUUUUUGUAAGUUUUGUAAAAAACCCCCACAAACUAUCACCAUGUUAUAGGUUAAAACUUUACUACCUAUGUGAUGAUAUGUAAAUACUUUUAAACAUUGUCUGAGGAUUCUUUGGCUUCAAUAAUGCAAUGUGCAUAUUAAAAAGACAAACUGGUGUUUAGACCGGCCGACGCAUUUUUAAAGAUGUAUGUCAUUGCUGUAUUGUUUUCUUGAAAACAGAUUAAAAGGUGUUUUUUUUGUUUUGGAAA